CCUGUAUGUUAGGUGAGCUAUAGAUUCUAUUUGGAUAUUAAUAAAUCAACCUGUGUGUCUGUUUCUCUUUUUAAUACAGACUAUUCUUUAUCAAGAACAAUGGACAACUGGAGUGUAGUGCUUUAUGACGAGGAAAUAUGUAAGCAAACUCCCUUAGCGACUGCUGAAGAGACACCAGAGGAGGAUAAAAAAAUGGAGGGAGUACUCCAUAGCCAUUUCAGAGAGCAGGUUCAUCCAUAUUUAGAGCUUAUCGACUCCCUCCGUCUAAUGGGCAUCGAUAAGGAUCUGUCCCUGCCUGCAAUAGCUGUGAUUGGAGACCAGAGCUCAGGAAAGAGCUCUGUGUUGGAGGCGCUGUCUGGAGUGGCUCUCCCCAGGGGCAGCGAAAUGGUUCUAUCAGAGGAGGCUCUGUUCCCCUCAGGUAUUGUGACUCGGUGCCCACUGAUGCUGAGGUUGAGGAAGGUCAUGGGAUUGUCAGAGUGGAAGGGCACCAUCUCCUACAAAAAUGAGACUAAAGACAUCAAAGACCCCGCUAAGGUUGGGGAUUAUGUCGUCAAAGCCCAGAAUGAGCUGGCUGGAAAUGGUGUUGGGAUUUGUGACGAGCUGAUCAGUCUGGAGAUCAUGUCUCCUGAGGUGUGUGACCUCACUUUGAUUGAUUUACCCGGUAUUGCCCGGGUGCCUGUUAAAGGACAACCUCAUGACAUUGGAGACCAGAUUAAAAGGCUCAUUCACAGGUUCAUUGCAAAUGAAGAAACCAUCAACUUGGUGGUGGUCCCAUGCAAUGUUGACAUAGCAACAACUGAAGCUCUAAGAAUGGCUCAGGAAGUUGAUCCAGAUGGGAAAAGAACUUUGGCUAUUUUGACUAAGCCAGACCUUGUAGAUUGUGGCACAGAAAAGAACAUUUUGGAUAUUGUUGAUAAUCGGGUCAUUCCGCUGAGCAAAGGCUACAUAGUUGUGAAAUGCCGUGGUCAGCAACAAAUUCAGGAUGGGAUUCCUCUAGCCGAGGCCACCAGGAUGGAGAGAGAUUUCUUCAGCCAACACAAGUACUUCAGGCGUCUUCUUGAUGAAGGAAAAGCCACAACCCAGUGCCUUACCAUCAAACUGACCCAAGACCUGGUGGGCUGCAUCAAAAACUUUCUGCCAACACUGUCGGAGCAAAUUAAAAAGGAGCUGUGCAACUUAAGGGAACUGUUGAGUCAGUAUCCAGUGGGUCCUCCCAUUGAUGCCCAAAAAAGAAGACUCUUCCUUACUCGUCUGCUGAUUGAGUUCAACAACAAGAUCAACCGAUUAAUAGAGGGUAAAGUUGUCACUAAGGAAAACCUUUUUGCGCUUCUUCGGAAGCAUUGUCAGAAAUGGAAACAUGAACUUGAGCGCAGUAAAACUCCAUUUUGUGAAAAGGUACAGAAUGUGGUGAAGGAAUAUGACCUGAAGCAUAGGGGAAAAGAGCUGCCUGGUUUCAGUAACUAUGAUGUGUUUGAGACGGUCACACAGGAUGCGGUGGCGAAACUACAGAAUGAUGCACUACAAACUUUGAGAGAAAUCAGAGGAAUAGUUGAGAAGCAAUUCAAUGAGGUCUCCAAAUCCUGCUUCAGAAACUACCCUUUCCUGGAGUGUAUCACAACAAACAAAAUAAACAAAAUCCAGUCGAAACAGGAGGCCAAAAUGGAGAAAAGAAUCCAGGAGCAGUUUGAGAUGGAGAAACUGAUCUAUACUCAGGAUGGCAACUUCUUCAAGACCAUCAAGACUAUAGAUGAUUUUUUACCGCCACCUUCACCGCAACAGAAUGUUAGUGUUGAAGAACAUCUCAGCAAAACACCACAAACUCCAUCCAAAAGAGGCAGAUCCCCGUGCCGCAAGUCUGCUAAGCGCCCUCGACACUCUGACCAGGACAAGCCAGUGGUGGAUCUACCAAGCAUGACUGACAUGGAUGCUAACCCAAUUAGCCUGCAGGCCACAAUCUCUCUGGAGGCAUCUGCUAUUAGUUCUGAAGCCAUGAGCAUGUACCCUAAAAUGUUACAUUCAUACUAUGAGAUAAUGAUUCAGCGUCAGGCGGACCAGAUCCCCAUGCUGAUCCAGUACUUCCUUUUGAAGAAGUCAGCGGAGAUGUUGUGCACUGAGAUGUUAAGUCUCACUGAUGGGGUGGACGUGGACAAAGCCUUGUCCGAGGUCUCGGACAGCACCCGCCGCCGCAAGGACUUGCAGGGCCGCGUUGAACGUCUCAGCGAGGCGCAGGACAAACUCAGCCAUUUCCUCUAACCCCUCAUUUCAUUUCCACUGAACCCGUCUUCUUUAUCGUGUUCCAUCAGCUACAUGUUUUUGUCCUAAAAAUACAGCUAGCUUAUUUUGAAACUCACUGCCAGCUGAAAACUGAUACAGCAGUCAUAUAAAGCUCCUCUUCGAGAUUGUUAUGUUGAAACAAGUGGUGAUUGACUGUCAUGGUGCCACUUGAAAAUAGAUCAGUGUAACCAUGUUCGGUUACACUUUACUUGACAGUAUUAACAUGAGUGACAUGACACGGUCACGAAUGUGUCAUAAACA